AUGAAUCGGCAGCUCUUCUUUUUGCUGAUUUUUGCCAUCUUCGGCUUUGUCGUUAGCAAUGCCAUCACCUGUGACAUCACCUCCAAACCCUGGCACCCCGACCACGGCGGAUGCAUCGAGGUUAAGCGUGAGAUAGACAUCGGAGACUCGGGCAUCGCCUUCCACGAGAACGUCACUAACAAGGAUGGCGGGUGGACAUACGUCACCUACGCCUGCCGUGAAUCGCCGAUGCCGGAUGCGGUGAUCUUUUGCGGUGGGCCACCGGCGCCGCCGAGGCGAGCCAUCCCGAAGACGCCCGGCUGCUGGUCGAGGACGUUGAGGGAUGACCCUCAGCAUUCCGCUGUAUGCGACGUCGUGAUGAAGGGGGUCCGGGAGGUACUAAAAACGCCGAUGAGCCCCAGCCUGAAGAUGUUGUUGGAGUAUUACGACAAGGAGGAAACUCUGCCCCUGGGCUAUCGUCGUGUCUUCAACAGGCCCGCAGAUUUUGAUCAUCCGGAGCUCUGGACGACGACCACGACCACUACAACUCCAAGCACGACUAGCUCCAAGUUCACCUACCCGCCCGACGAUCCGGACCCCGUUUAUCCGGGCAUUCCUGACGAUGAGCAUGAAGAAAAGGAUGGUGUGGAUAUGAGCCUCGUCGGAACUCUGCUGGCCGUCUGCCUCAGCUUGUUGCUGUGCUGUUGCAUGAUCUUCUGCAUCUGCAAGUGCUGCUGGGUUCGGGGGCGUCGUGAAGAAGGCGACGACGGCCCGCAGACGUGGCGUCCUCAGGGCCCGAGCGGUAUCUCGAGUUACCCAAGACAGCAGCAGCCCCAGAUGACGUAUCCGAUGCCCAACCCAAACGGUGAGGGAUCUGAUGAAGUGAACGGCACCAAAAUCUGGUCGGCCACCACACCGUACGUCAUCGAGAAGCUGCUCGGCGAGGGCGGUUUCGGAGCGGUUUACAAGGUUCACGUCGCCGGCGACCCGUCCCUCACUUACGCCAUGAAAAUCGAGCAGCGCCGCCGGCCGGGAAAGGAGCUCAAGCUGAAGAUGGAGCUAAAAAUCCUCCUUGCCGCCGGCGAUAGCGACCGUCGCUGCCUCCACUUUACAAAACUCAUCGACCGGGGCAGUCGACCGGAAUUCGUCUUCAUGGUAAUGGAACUCGUGGGCAAGUCGGUGAAGGACGUGCAGCGUGAGCGUCGCGGCAAGGUGUUCACCAUCUCCACGGCCUGCCAAGUCGCCGAGCAGACGCUUGAAGCCCUCGAAGAUAUGCAUGCACUCGGAUAUAUCCAUCGCGACAUCAAGCCGUCCAACCUAACCAUCGGCGUCGGCGCCAAGCGCAACAUUGUCUACCUGCUCGACUUUGGCAUCUCGAGAAAGAUUCGGAAUGACGAUGGAGAGAUAAAGUUGCCCCGCUGGAAGUGCACGUUUAAAGGGACGGUGAAGUACGCGUCGCUGGCGUGCCACACGCUGCGCGAGCAGAGCGGCAAGGACGACCUGGAGUGCUGGGUGUAUCUGUUUGCCGAAUUUGUGCAUCCUGGAGGACUCCCGUGGCGCAACAUGGACAACACGAAGGAGGUGUACCGCGAGAAGCGCAAGGCCCACGAACGCCCUCGCGACCUGUUCACCGGAUUUUCCAGGCCUGAGUACAUGGUGGCCGUGCUGGAGUACAUCGACGAGUUGAGCUACGUGCAGCAGAUUGACUACGGAUACUUGCGCCAGGCUGUUGAACUGCAGGGACAGCCGCAGCAGCAGCCACAGCGCCCGCCGAGGAGGAGGAGCAGCAGCAGCCGGGGAAUGACUCGAUCCUCCACCAUCCACGCCAUUAGCCGGGACCGCCACGGCUGCACGCGCAAGCUCGUCGACUCGGAU